AUGCCUGACGAUAAUCAAGAUAUCCCACCCGCCAAGCGGACGCAGGUACCUAGGGCCUGUCAGCGCUGCAAGACGCUCCGCAGAGGCUGCAACGAGUAUCGCCCCUGCAGACGCUGUGUGGAUGCUGGCCUUGCCGACCGCUGCAUAGGGCAAUCAGGUGCUCCCAGUAUACUCCAUCCUGUCCACACCCAUUACUCGCUCCCGAGCCUGCGGAAUGGUAACGCGCCUGGUGAUGCCCUCCACAGACUCACCGAGCUUGUCCCCAACCAGGUCCUCGACCACUGUGUUGAACGCUUCUUUGCACGGCUCUACCCGACCAUUCCCAUUCUCACUCGCGAUUAUGUCGAACAUCUCAGGUCGGCCUCAGCCUCGUCCACGCCUGAAUGGCGGCUCGAGGCCUACUCGGUCCUUGUCGCCAUGUGCGCACAGGUACUCCUCCAGACAGAAGAACCCGAGAAUCUUCUCUCGCAAGGGAUUAUCGCCGAGAAUAAUGCCACUUAUGGAUCAAUGAUUGUGGAUCAGGCCGUUGCUGUCCAUCAGUCCACUCCGCGUACUAUGAAGCCGACCCUCAACCAAUGCCUCCUAGCCUUCUUUCUCUACGCCUGCCAGGCAAGGUUGUCGCAUCAUAGCCAGACGUUUUUAUUUCUUCGCGAAGCGACCACCUUGUUUUGUCUACUGCGGAUUGAUGAUAUGGAUAUUGAUGCAAAAGCGCUGGCGCAUCGUCUAUUCUGGGUUCUCGUCGUGUCGGAGAGAUCCCAUGCAAUUCGAUAUCGUCGCCCCAUCACAUUACAAAUAACAGACGAGGCACCAGAAAUUGACAUGAACGAUCCGUCACUAUCUGGAUUCUGGAGUUUGUCGGCUUUGUUUCGACCUAUUGAUACAUCAUUUGUGGCGCUGCUGAACCAAGAACGCUUUGCUAUCACACCGCCUCUUUCAUCUCUCGACUAUGUCGAGACGGCUGUCAACACAGCUAUCAAGCCUGACUCACCACUUCAUGAGACACAAAAGGCCAACUUGCGAAUUACUCAGCUCUGGCUCCGGAUGAUUGUAUGGAAACUACGCCUGCGACUAGGUCAUCUUAGUGAAAACGCCCACCAGCAUAGUCUCACCUAUCAAUACCCGCUAGUAGUGGCCAAAGAUCUUACUCUUUCCACUCGGGAUCUCUCCAUCGACAGUAUAAGGAUUCACGGCAUAGGCAUCACCGAAAAGCUUUACGAUAUCGUCUCUGCUGUGGUGGAUGUUCUUGCCCGAGUGCCCGUCACCCCUUCAAGUCCACAAGGGUUAGCGAUGGGCACAUCACCAGAAGAUGAUCUAUUGUAUAUUAGAAAUCUCAUAACCAAACUGCCAGGAGGUGCAUCGACAUAUGACCCGCUCCUGGAGAGGCAUAUACAGCAAGCACUUCCCAGUCCAGGGCCCAGUGUAGCCCACAGUAGUCCGCCAAUAGCCCGAGCAAACUCAUGA